AUGGCCGCCAUCAGCCUCGCCAAGCCAAACCUUUUGUCCCCCUUCCUCUUUUUUUUUUGUUCCCUUUUCCACAUUGGAUGUAACUCGGGGAGAGUUCCGGUUUCCCGUUUUUUUUUCUUUCUCCGAUUCCAGGGAUCGUCCGUCGCUAUUACGGGCGCGGUAGAAGGUUUACGGCCGGGCAAGCACGGAUUUCACAUUCACGAGUUUGGCGAUUUCUCGCGCGGGUGUCUUUCCACUGGGCCACACUACAACCCCGAUGGAAACGAUCAUGGGGCACCGGAUGACUGCAAUUCCCAUGCUGGCGAUCUUGGCAACAUAAUGGCGUACAGCACCGGGCUGGCAAAAGUACAAAUCGCAGCCCGGAAGAUAACGCUUGCAGGCGACCGAAGCAUCAUCGGCCGGACGCUCUCCAUUACCGAGUUCGAGGAUGAUCUGGGCCGUGGUAGGCACGACUACAGCAAAACGACGGGAAACUCGGGUAACUGCAUUGCGUGCGCCAUCAUUGGGGUCGCUCGGGAAGAAUACUUUGCCGAGCGGCUGCAUCUGACCACGGAUGAAUGAUUUCAUUCAGUAGCGUUAUAUAGCAAAAUUCUAUCGAAUGUAAUGCAUCCCUUCGGUACCACAAGCAAA